AUGGACAACGGCUACUUGCCCCUUGGCAUGGGCCCGAUUCCUGUCGCGCCCUGCCCAAAAGGGGCACCUUUUCCUACACCCAUGCCAGGAGGACGCCUGAGCAGACCAGGACAAAGCUCGGGGACGUACGGAGGCUAUGGUGUGAACCCAUUCCACACCGGAGCCGGCGCGUAUCCUCCUGGGUAUGCUAUGCCGCCCGGCCAGUAUGGGUACCACGGAUACCAGAACAUUCAUCCAGGUUAUGCGCCAGGAGGCUACUAUGGGCACGGCGCUAUGAACUCGUUGGUCCAGCGGGGAUACUACCCGACAGCACGGCCAGGUCGCACUCGAAAGAGGAGCUCGAGACCUCCUUCGACCAAAUCGUAUAGCCGGCGUGCCGGACUUGGUUGCCCUCUUACACAGGAAGCAUGUUUCUGCACAAUCGGUAAACCGAAAUGCCGUCGAUCACCUCCAGAGCAUGUUCUUAUCAAAGACUCCUAG